GGUCACAUUAGGGUGCAGCUCCGCCAGAUAAGGAAGCAGAGUUUCCGGCUGUUUGCAGCGGAGCGAGAGUGUUGCUGACGCCGCGAAACCCCGAGAAAAACACCACCGGCUCGGGGGGUUAGUAGUUUCAAGCUUCGGUAUUGUUUCUUUAUUCUUAUUGGGGGAUCUGAGGGAACCUGAGCAACAAGCCAAGCAAAGAAGCUGCACAAGGCGGAGGUUAGUCACCAGCUACCGGCAUGGCCAGGGACUACGAUUACCUCUUCAAGCUGCUCAUCAUCGGCGACAGCGGAGUGGGAAAGAGCAGUCUCCUUUUGCGAUUCGCAGACAACACAUUUUCAGGUAGCUACAUCACCACAAUAGGCGUGGACUUUAAGAUCCGGACAGUGGAGAUCAACGGGGAGAAGGUGAAGCUGCAGAUUUGGGAUACAGCAGGGCAGGAACGCUUUCGCACCAUCACCUCUACAUACUACAGAGGAACGCAUGGGGUCAUAGUGGUUUAUGAUGUCACAAGUGCAGAGUCCUUCGUCAACGUCAAGCGAUGGUUACAUGAAAUCAACCAGAACUGUGAUGAUGUGUGCCGAAUAUUAGUGGGAAACAAGAACGACGACCCCAGCUCGAAAGUGGUCGAGACGACUGACGCACAGAAGUUUGCAGAGCAGAUGGGAAUCAGCCUGUUUGAGACGAGUGCAAAAGAGAAUAUCAAUGUUGAAGAGAUGUUCAACUGCAUCACGGAGCUCGUGUUAAAAGCCAAGAAGGAGGUGCUAGCCAAGCAGCAGCAGCAGCAGCAGCAAAACGACGUGGUCAAACUUAACCGGAACAGUAAACGGAAGAAAAAGUGCUGCUAGCAAACUGAUCCCUGAAAGGCCGGAGGAAUCGUCUCUCUACACACUCAUACACCACACGAUGGGACUCAGAGCAUCUAAAUUAAAGAUUUAAUAAAUAUACAGUGAAACAGGAAAAAACAAAUCAAAGAAAAUAAAUGGAAAUGUGUCCCUUUUGGACAAACUAAUCAUGAAGACUUAAAAAAAAAAAAUUGUACAGAUUUUUAUUGAAUGUCAGAUCAGUUUUUAUUUCGAACGCAUCAGAUGAGCAGUGUUUGAACGGAGUUUCUUCUUUGGUGAAGAAACUGAAGCCGACAUCUGAUCGACAUAAUGCUCAGAUUUCUGUCUGCGUAAUCCCCAUAUUCUUCCAUCAGUAUCUCAUCUCUCCUUUUUAUUCCACUGCACAUGGGAUGCUCCGAGGCUCCGCACCUGAAGAGGAGGACUCACAUUUCUUUAGACUUUUUAAUUUGAUUAGUUGUUUUUGUUGAUGGAGUGAGGACUUUGUGCAUGGCUACAAAGAAAGGAAGUCUCAUCACCUCUCUCAAGUGUAUGCAUUUCAGUCACCUGUAUUACUGCAGAAUCACGCCAACAGAUGAACAAUGAAGCUGGUUAGCAGACAACGUUUAGCAGUUAUCCUAAAAGACAGAACUGGUGUUUUCUCAUGUAAUGUUUUUUUUCUGUUUUGCCAAGCUUUCCCCUUCUGUAUCAUCUAACGUCCAGUAGUGCUGAGCCAAUGGUAACAGAUGUUGGUUUCUUUUGUUUAUUUUAAGCAGCAGAGCACUUGAACCACUCCUGGAGCUCUGGUUGUGCUGUUCACUAUAGUCUUACUACCCUUUCAGAGUUUGCUUAAACCUUUUUCCUCCAACUUUUUAAAAAAAAAGAUACUGCCAAUAUUGUAAAAUAAAAAAAUAAAAAUAUUUUAUGAGCUCAGCGGAGCCUCUCAUUGGACUGUUGCCAUAGUGGCCAUCGGCUGGCCAGGAAACGGGGUGAAUCAGCAUCUGAUGGGACCCUGUUGAGUCCUCAGGAAGUGCAUCCUCCCUCUCCUUCUGUGUUCUGCUGCCACUAGCCUUGUGUUCCCUCAACACCCACAUAUCAGCACCUCUCACAGCGAUGGGCUCACCAUCUGCAAGCGAAGAAACUGACUUAACGGCAUCGCUGUGACCUCUACUUCAGAGCAGACUGUGAUUUUUCUCUUUUCUUUUUGUUUUGAGUUUUUUACUGGGGCGACAUGUAACCCUUUGUUUCCAGCUCUGUGUUAAAGGUAAUGCCAUGCAUUCAGUAUGAGAACUCACUGUGUUCUCAUCCUGCAGAAUAUUAACAGCUGACUAAUAUUGUAAGUCCUUUGUCAAGUUUUGUUCUCUGUCACCGCCCCAAAAUCUGUUCAAACUGAAGUGUUAGUCAGUUUUUCCAGUGUCCAUGGUGAGAGUGGGACUAACUGUACAUAAUACAAGAACAAAUGGGGAUGAAGUGCAGCACUGGAUCCAUGUGUCUGGGCCUGGGCCAUGUGCACCAUCGGUGAAGCUGAAGCAGCACAUAGCAUCUAUCACUGACAUUUUUGUACUUUCUUUUAAAUUGGGAGAGUUUUAUUGCAAAUGGAGGAGGUGCUGUCGAAGUGUCUGUCCUCUGAGCGGGAUCUGGCAGGUUUGGGAUCAUGAUGCAUGCCAAGAGGUCUCUCUGACCUGAAGGGCCUCGAAAUGGUAUCAGAAAUCUCACACACAUAUACAUAUAUAUCUAUAUAGAUAUAUAUAUAUAAUUUGUGUGUUUAUAUUCGAUAUAGAACAUACAUAAUUGGCACAUCAAACUGCAUGUGGUACACAUGCCUUGUGUGCUUAGGUUAUAAAACACUCGUCCGCCGUGGUUUGCUCUACACUGGAGGAAAAAAAAACCGUACUAUUCAAUUUUCCCUACAUGAAUUAAAUCAGUAAUGUUUUAAAGAAAUAUUUGACACACAAUGAGUGAUUUUGGUCCCAAGUUCAUUUUAAUGCUGUGUCUGAAUAUUUUUUGUGAAUAAAACUGUAAAGAAGUUAUAAAGUU